UUAGCAAGAGAGGGCAAAAAGAGAAGUGGGAUUAAGGUAAACUGUUCAAUGAAUUUCUAUGUAAUGCUUUGAUUCCAUGGAAAACACUCUGUGGAGAACGUCUAAUAAAAACUGAACAUAAAAUGUAUAAUCUAUACAAAAAGAAAAAAGGAAGAAGAAACUACAUUCUCACUCUUGGAUUUUUACUGGAAGAAAUCCACAUCGAUGUUGUAUGCCUCUGUAAAUAUUAUUUAUUAUUAUUGAUCUACUGGCGACCUUCUCUGGGUGAAGAUUGAAAUGGGUAGUCCUUUAUUUGUCCGCGUCUCACACAGACCCUUCUGUUUUCUCCCUCCCUCUCUUUCUUUUUCUCUCUCUUUUUCAAACCACGACCUCUCUGAUUUGGGAUGAGCUGCUCCUUGAGUAGAAACUGCGGCUCGCUGACUAACUUGCGCGCAGAAAAAAGGUGGCACCCGCGCCUUCCCCUCUCCUUGAAAACGGGAGACCACGUUGAUUCUGCCGCAGGCCUGUUAUUUUCCACUUCGCGGGGGGAUAAAACAACAAAGUUCAGGAAAGCAAUAGGAUAAGCCGUCGAUGGAUUAAUAUUCAUGAAGCCGGUGAUGUCAUGAGCAGGAGAGCGCCAUUUCCUGGAGGAGAAGCAAGAAGCCGAUGCCAAGACUUGCAGAAGGAAGUCGCGGCGGCCGAAGGAGGGAGCUCCGCGCCGGACCAAGCUCAACUCGGCGGGCUCGGCGGGCCCGAUGAAUUCUGUGCACUGCGGGAGGGAGGCCGGCAGGGGGGGACCUUCCCAACUUGGUGAUCGCAAGCUCAGGGAAAGGGAGCACAGCCACCGGCCGAGCCAGCACUGGUGGGGUGCCUGGCGCUGCCAUCUCCAGCCGCUUCUUCUGUUCCUGGCUUGCCGGGCGCGAUCGCGUGGGCGCCGAGCUCCUCUUCGCGCCCAGAUCGAGGGGGCGCGGACCUUUUCUUUCAAGGAAGGGGCGUCGUUGGUUUUCCUCUUCCUUUCCUCCCCGCUUCCUUUUUGCUUUGCUGCCCGCCCGUUCUCCCUUUCCCCCUUUCCCUCCCCUUCCUUUCCUCCCCGACUUUGAAUUUUGGGGUCCGACGCGAGGCAAGCGCUUUGGAGGUCGCAAGGAGGAUGGUGAUAAAGAUGAUGAGGGGGAAGAGAUGGAGAUGAAGCAGACUAUGCAGAUGCGGGGACUCCUGUUGCUGUUGCCGGCACUAUGGGCUCUGUUUUCGCGGGACUUCAGGGCUGUAACAGAAGCAAAAGGGGUUGGAAUGCCAAUCAAACUGACCGUGUCCCAGGGGCAGCCAGUGAAGCUCAACUGCAGCUUGGAGGGAAUGGAAGAACCAGAGAUGCUGUGGAUCAAAGAUGGAGCUGUGGUGCAGGGUAUAGACCAGGUGUACAUUCCAGUAAAUGAAGAACACUGGAUAGGCUUCCUCAGCUUGAAGUCUGUCGAUCGGACAGAUUCUGGAAAAUAUUGGUGCCAAGUAGAGACCAAUGGGAAGAAAGAGGAAUCACAGCACGUAUGGCUUAUUGUGGAAGGUGUUCCCUAUUUCACUGUUGAGCCAAAAGACCAGUCAGUCAUCCCUGGUAGGCCUUUCCAAAUGGCCUGUGCUGCAGUAGGACCACCUGAGCCAGUAACAAUUGUCUGGUGGAUGGGCGAUUCCAGGCUUGGACAUCCAGAUAUCUCUCCCUCCACUCUAAAUGUGUCAGGUAUUAACCAAAGCACAGUUUUCUUCUGUGAAGCCCACAACAUAAAGGGAUUAUCUUCAUCUCGGACGGCCAUUGUACAGAUUAAAGCAACCCCUUUCCCACCUCUCAAUGUGACAGUCACUAAGAUCACCAGCAACAAUGCCAGUGUGACUUGGCAACCCGGAUUUGAUGGCCUUUCCCCCCUACACUCUUGUACAGUACAGGUAGCUGAGCUGCAGGAAGAGGUGGUCACCGAAGUUUUCUCUGUCCCUCCCUUUACAAGGGCUUUGCCAGGUUUAAAGCACGCCACCAAUUACACUGUUCGAGUUCAGUGCUCUAAUGAGAUGGGCAGCUCUCCUUUUUCAGAUUGGGUCUAUUUUCAGACCUUGGGAUUAGCUCCAAAUUGUACUCCACAAAAUGUACACAUUAUCCAAAGAGAUUCUUGUCUGAUUUUGGAAUGGGAAGCAGUAGCUCCAGAAAUGUUUGGGGAGAAUGCCUUAGGAUACAGGUUGGAGUGGAGCCAAGAUAACAUAACUCAGGGGAAAAUGAUUGUGAAGGAAGCAAGAGCUAACCUUUCUAUGUGGAAUCCCUUAAAAGACCUUAUAAUAAAGGUCUGUAUACUCAGUUCAGCCGGUUGCGGACCUUGGAGUGAGCCCUUAUUGCUUACAUCCCAAGAUUUAAUAGGGGGGCAAAGGCAGCCUCUUUAUGGAACAUCCUGGGUUCCUGUGGUUUUAGGAAUUCUGACUGCACUGGUUACAGCAGUUGCCUUAGCCCUAAUUCUUCUACGGAAAAGAAGAAAAGAAACGCGGUUUGGUCAAGCCUUUGGCAGUGUGGUCGGAGGUGAUCCUAUAGUCCAUUUCAGAGCAGUGCGAUCAUUCAACCGAGAAGUCCCAGAGCUUAUUGAAGUAACAUUGGACAGUAUAGGAAUCAGUGAUGAAUUGAAGACCAAACUGAAAGAUGUCCUAAUUCAGGAGCAACAGUUUACUCUGGGAAGAAUGCUAGGCAAGGGGGAAUUUGGCUCCGUAAGGGAGGGUCAGUUGAAAAUGCCUGAUGGCUCUCUCCAGAAAGUUGCAGUGAAAAUGCUAAAAGCUGACAUCUUCACUUCCAACGACAUAGAGGAAUUCCUGAAAGAAGCUGCUUGCAUGAAGGAGUUUGACCAUCCACACAUUACUAAAUUAAUAGGGGUCAGUUUGCGUAAUCGGCCUAAAGGUCGCCUUCCAAUCCCAAUGGUUGUCCUGCCCUUCAUGAAGCAUGGAGACCUUCACUCUUUUCUACUAAUGUCCAGGAUUGGAGAAAACCCCUUUAAUUUGCCUCUGCAGACCCUCUUAAAGUUUAUGAUUCACAUUGCUAGUGGCAUGGAAUACCUGAGCUCGAAAAACUUUAUACAUAGGGAUCUAGCUGCUCGGAACUGCAUGCUGGAUGAAAACAUGAAUGUCUGUGUUGCUGAUUUUGGGCUUUCGAAGAAAAUCUAUAGUGGAGAUUAUUACCGUCAGGGCUCUGCCUCAAAGCUCCCAGUGAAGUGGCUUGCAUUGGAAAGCCUGGCAGACAAUCUCUACACAACCCAUAGUGAUGUGUGGGCAUUUGGUGUGACUAUGUGGGAAAUUGUGACCCGAGGGCAAACUCCGUAUGCGGGCAUUGAAAAUGCAGAAAUUUACAACUACCUCAUCAGUGGGAACAGACUGAAGCAGCCCCCAGAGUGCCUCGAAGAUAUCUACGAUCUCAUGUGCAGAUGUUGGCAUUUGGAACCCAAGCGACGUCCAAGCUUUGGAGCUCUGAAACUGCAGCUGGAAAUGAUUUUGGCAAGGCUGUCAUUGCUUUCAAACAGUCAGGACCCUCUUUAUGUCAAUGUUGGGAGAUCCCAAGAAGCUUGCAGCAGCGAAAUCACCAUGAAUUGUCCUUUUGGAGCCUUGAAUGGGGAAGCGGGAGCAAUUGUUGCUGUGACUAGUGACUACCGUUACAUCAUGAACCCGUCGUGCCUUGGAAACGAUGCAGAAAGUGAGAGGCGUCAGGAUUUAUAUGACGGAGAAGCCCAGAGCCUCCUUUACGAUCUAGAGAUGGGAGCAAAACUAUGUUAGCCCAAAUAACAACAACAACAACAAAAUAGACUUUACUUCUCCCUCCAAUAAGAUGUGUCUAUCUUAUUGUAUCAUCUUAUGGUAUCGCCAAACAGAGACGGUUGGAAGCUGCUUUUAACCAACAGAAGUUGUAGUAAUUAAUGUCAGCUGUGGCUUCUGACAGCUGUUUUGGAGUUAAUAUCUCAAAUUGAUAGAAUCACCUCCUGGCCUUCCAAGAGAAAUCCUGCAAUUGUCCGUGAAAUGCAGUGAGAGUGGCCUCUGAACAGCCUGCUGAGUCGCAGCGUUCUCCCUGGGAGUUGGGUUUAAGUACUCUGCAUAUUUGGGGGUGAAGGGUUUUGGGUGUUGGUGGGGGUUUUUUUUGCCCCUAACAUAUGUAGGAGAAGAGGCAUGUGUCACAUACUCCGAACCACGGAUACUAUCUUUCAGAGCAUGAGAAACAAAGAGCCUAAUUUAGCAGUAGCUACCUCAGUGGUCCUCAAAUUGGGUUCUAUACAGCUGCUUCUCUACAAUGAAGAAACAAUGGGCUUCUUCUCAAGAGUGGUAUUUAGUUGGCCAAGGAAAGCGCUCCUAGAAAGAUAAGGAGUUGAGCAAAAGUGUUCCAAUUUCCCUCUUUUUCCCCACAGGCUCUUAUUUACUUACCUAUCUUCCUUUCCCCUCUUCUUCUUCUUCUUCUUCUUCUUCUUUUCUUCUUCUUCUUCUUCUUCCUCCUCCUCCUCUUCUUCUUCUUGAUUUGAAUCAGGCAGAUUCCCCACCCCCACCUUAUUUAUAACAAAACUGUGUGGAGAGUGUUGGAAUUUAUGAGAAUAAUGCAAGACUAAUAAGGAUACCUACAUUGGAAUAAUUUGGUAUUAAGAUCAAAAUCUUGGACCCAUUUGCCUGAUAGUAAUCCCCAAAUUCAGUGGCAUUUACUUAUGAAUAGGUAUUAUAAACUUCUGUUUCCUGUCUAGCUGCUACAAUGGUAUGGCUAGCCUUGCUUUCCAUAUUUAUUCCUUCGGAACGUGGAGGAGCUAAACCUCCCCCAAAAUGAAAGUGCUGAGGGGUUUCAUAUGGCUUAUAAAUAUAUAUUGCUUAGAAGUAAGCAAUAACAUUUUUGCUAUGAAAACACACACAAUGUUUAAAACAAUAAAAGGAGGCAAUUCUUUAGAAACCUAUUAAAUUUAUGCAUCUAAUCUGGCACCUUUUCUUUUUUAGUCAAUAUUAGCCCCUCUAAAUAAAUGAUUGACUGACAUCAAAUGAAUACUUAGAGGAUUUCCCCCCCUAAUACAAAAAAAGAGCUGUUUUUAGUUUGAAAGCUUGAGAAUCACUGGCUUGUUAAAUUAAACAUCUUCUUAAAUGCUUUUCAGCUUUUCUGUAAAAAUUAAGUUCCGUUGCAUUAUUUUGUGCCUUCAAGUCUUGACUUCUGAUAUGGCUACCUAAUUCAGCAACAUUCCAGAAAAAAGAUUCCAUUUGAAAUUUGUGAUUUCUCAGUUUAACUUGAACAAUUAGUCACAAUAGGAAAGCACUGUAUCAUGUGCUUUCAAAUGAUAUGUCAGUGAACACUGUUCAUUUUUUUUUCUAGCUAUUUCAAAUAUAAUGUAAGGCUUGGGUACCUAAUGUGAUGUCCAGAAGCAACACUGGUGCCUACCAGUGCAUUUCUUAACAUCUGCAAAAAUCUCUACCAUACCUGAUUGUAUUUAUUUAAAUUCAUUUAGUAAGCAACAAUGAUUGGAAAGCUAGCAUGUUCUAAAACACAGCACCAGUGUUAAAUUUCUAAUAAUAUUACUGGACUUUCAGUGGCUGCAACUUGGGUUUUUAUUUUCCUUCUAGUAAAAGAUGUUUGCGACUGACUUCAUUUAUCUUAGCAAGCCAUUUAGUGGGAAAGCCUAUAUAGUAUUUUUUUAAAACGCUCAUUCAUUUUAAAAGGUUAAAAUGGCUUAAAAUUGUUAGCCAUACUCUCUUCGUUAAUGGUGUUCACCAAAAAUAUUUCUUCCUUCCAAUUGUAGAAAAUCAGUAAUCUAGUAUUUCUGUAAUUCUAGUCAGCAAAGAAAUCCUCAUGAGAGACCUUGACAAGGUUCUUUCUACCUAUUAUUUUACCUUUUUGUUCUUUUCAAUCUUUUUUCACAAAAAUUGGAUGCUUAAAUGUGACAUGCCUCCAAGAAUUAAGAGAGGAAUUACCCUACUCGGGUCACAAUACUUACCUGUGCUAUUCCAUUUCUGCUUCAUUUCUUACACAGCCGUUCCCUACCCCAGCUCUUCAGAUAAAAGUUAAAUGUGAAUGUUAAAUUCCAUCACAAGAUAUUGAGCUGGGCUGAUAGAAGAAACUGCAUUUUAUAACAUCUGAAGCAUUGCAAGGCUGCAGGAGGCUCCCGCAUUAUCAGUUUUCCAUGUAGCUAAGAAAUAGAACCCACCGGAGUCUCUAUAGAUGAGGCCAUGGUUUGAUCUUACUGAGCCGUGGUGCCUCAGUGGUUAGAAUGCAGUAGUGCAGCUAAUUCUGGUCACUUCCAGUACUUUGAUCAUUUCCAGGCACAAGGUUGACUCAGCUGUCCAUCUUUCUGAGAUCAGGAAAAUAAGGACCCAGAUUGUUGGCAAUAUGCUCACGUUGUAAAUUGCUCAAGAGAGUAUUGUAAAGCCCAAACAUUUGGGCACCAAGGACAGGUGCCUGCGAAGUAAGUAUGUACUAUCAGGAUGUCAUGGAGCACUAUCAGGAUGUUAUGUUAUGUAGGAGUUUGUUUUUUCCUAUGUGGUUCAGCGUGGCUCUGCAUGCCCUGUUAUCCACUGGGCCAUGGGUGACCGCUACGCCUACACAAGGAAUUAUAUUACAACAGGUGCCGUGGAAUUUUUUUCCUCCACGGACCGGUGUGUGUACGCAUAGUUUCAUAUGUUACCUAUUUCCUGCACAUGUGCAGAUGAGGGUUCAUUCACUUGUGUAGCCGGUUCCUAUGGGGGCUGGGGACUCCUGCUGUAAAGCACUAUGGAGUGGUAUAUAAGUCUAAGUACUAUUGUUAUUAGUUAAUUAUGCUACGUUUAGGGGAUAGUAAAACUGGUCCCCGCAAGAAAAUUGGGAGAGAAACAAUUUAUUAAAAGGCAGUAGUAGUACUUGGCCUUUUCCUAUUUCUAUCUGUUCUAUGGAGAAAUUUUCUUAACUUCUACCACCAGAUUCCUUAACAACCACUAUGAACUAUAUUAUAAUGUUCAUUUCCUUGUCUGCCUUGUUUGCAUAUUUAGUGACUUUUUUUUUAACAUAAAAGCAGGGAAAAGCAAUCCAUUCUGGCCGGAAAGGGCAAUAAGAAGGAUGGAUGUUGUCCAAAAGCCUUCUACACCUGAACAAAAGCUGUGUGUAUGUAUUUGGGAGUGAAGCAAACUGCUCCUAUGCCUUAUUCAACCACAUUCCUUCACUAUAGGGACCUUUCUUCGUGAUCCAGUACCCAAUGAAAUAGAAACUUCACAUCAUCAUAAUGCAAUGUUAUCAAAAGCAAGUCAAUAAUGUGGUGCAUGGUAAAACAGAGGGCAUGCUAAUGAUAUAAUUAUGAACAAUAGUCCUGUCAAUGAUGUUAAGAAAUUCUAUAUUUCAUGUUCUGGCUUGAAGUGAAAGAGUUGAGAUCAAAUAAUUAUCCAACUUCAAAUAUCAUAUUUGCAUCUAAGUCUCAACGAGAAAUAAACGUUCUGUUAUAGUUUAUGGGUACUUACUUGAUUGAAUUAAACCUCCCUUCUAUUAAACUUAAAAGAAACAUAGGAGACUCUUUAAAACUGCACAGCCACAUCCAGGCUUCCAUUGUAGUGAGUAACAAUACCGUAUGACCCCAUUAUACUGUACCUGCAUCCUAAGAUCUGAAUGCUUUUCCUUGUGUAUUUCUCAAUAGCAGAAAACUAAAACAAAAUGAUGCACAAUGAACAGAUUCUUGUGGACUUUGGAGAACACUGAUUGUUUUUUAAAAAGGAGGGGUGGUUUAAAGCUGUAUUGAUAAAAAAAAAUAACUUAUCUGAGCACAGAAUCCUGAUAAUAGAGUUUGAAUGAAAUUGGGAUAUGAUUAGACUGACGAUACAAUAAAGU